UAAAUAAACCUCAGGCCAUGGUUCUUCAUUGGUUCCUAGCUGGAUAAAUCGAAUUUUUUUUGUGAGGGGGGGCAUGCUUCUCCUGCAAUUUCACCCUCGCUCGACUAUGUGGUAACGCCACUCAUUCGAUUCCUCAUCUCGAGAGUGAGCUUCUGCGGUCCCAAGAACGUUACUAAAGAGGGAUGCACGCCGUUUGAACAAGUCAGUUGCAUCUACAGCUUCAUUGUGAAGCUUGGCAGUGAAGGGAGCCAGUUGCACUUUUGAUUGUUUGUCCUCUACAUUUAUAACCUCUUCAUCGACACAUUUGGUCUGUUUUUGUCCAGCCAGCGAGGAAGUAGCCUACGACUGUACCUGAAAGAAUUUAGGGGGAAACGCUGCGAAGCGUGCCUCGACAUUCUUACGAUCUGUGAGGUUGUUGAGAGGACGUUGGUUCCACUCCGGGUUCAGUGUGUUUGUGAUCCGGUGAGUGAGACCGUUGCCGGGCUUACAAGGGAUGAAACCGGAUGGGGUUGCCAUGGAGCCCACAGAAGCCGUAGGAGCCGAGCCCUCGGCCCAGGGGAUGGCCACUCACGAGAUUCCCACCCAGCCAGCGCCUUCAACUUCCCCGUCUUCUCCAUCACAGCCCGAAGACAUCCAAAACACCACGGCGCAGCCUGAAAACCCCACAGCACCCCCUGCAUCCAAGGAGGUCAAUGGGGCCAAUGGCAAGGCAGCAGCUGACCCCAAACCCAAGGCUAAGACGGUGGGCUUGGCUAAACCACGGCCAGGCACAGCUGGCACCAAGACCGCAACGGGUCCGGCAUCAGGACCCAGCACCUCUCGUCCGGGCACGUCCCCAAGCCACAUGGCCAAUGGAUUAAAGUCCUCAGCCAGUGACCUGGCCAAGAAAGCCGCUUUGGACAAAAAGAGAACCACCACUAUAGCUGGAGCACCGGCUGCAGCCACAAAGAGGUCCGUGGCUUCCACUGUCAAGACCCAAACUAAGGUAGCUGUCGGAGUCCCCAGGUCCACCUCUGCUACCAGGCCAACCAACACUACACGGACUGCGGCAACGGGGCCUGGCACUCCAACGAGGAGACCUCCAGCUGCUGGGCCCAUUAUUGGGGCUGGGGCCAGACCCAAAACCACAGCUUCCAGACAUGCUGCCCCCAAGCCUUCCAGCACUUCAGCUGCGGCCAAACCCGAUAGGACACUGGUUUCCAAGACAACCAGGCCUGCCACUGGUCACACUGGACUGUUGAUGGGCGCAUCCAAGCCAGCCGCUGCCGGCUCCAGCAGACCUGCAGCUUCCAGAGUCGGCACCACAGCCCCCUCUACUGGCAGGAUUACCACAGCGCAGGCACCCAAACCUACAGGCCCUGCCAAGAAAGAUGUCAGCAGACCAGCAACCACUACCGCAGCCAGAAAGCCGGUAACAUCCGCCACUACCAAAACGACCAAACCUGACCCCCCUAAAGCGACUGCAGCCUCCAGACCCGAGCCCGCCUCCAAAAGGCCCCAUCCCACCAAGGCGGCAGACACCAAGCCAGCCCGCCCUAAAUCACAGGAACCCAAGCCCCUGCCCACACGUAAAGCCCCUCCCACCACGCGGCCCCCUGCCACACGUCAGCCCCAGGGCAAGACCCCCCCUGCCUCCCCCAGCAACAAGCCCGUGGGCAGCACCACCCCCCAGUCGGUCAAACGAGCCUCCAAACCAACCCAGUCUGUCCUGCCCUUCACUGCCAGACCUGGAGCUCCCAAGUCUGCAGCCAUACCAGCUGCAGCAGCUGUGGCUGCUACUGCAGCAGCUGCCGUGGCAACAGUCGCCAUGACAGCCGCAGCAGAGCCCGAAGUGGCAGCUUCAGAAGUCCCAGCACCAGUGUCUGUGUCUUUGCCAGCAGUGGCCCUGGAGUCCAGAGAAGAGGUUUCAGCCCCAACUCCUCAGGAUACUACUUCUCCAUCUCCACCACAGAGCCCACUCAGGCUGGCUCCUGCUCCACCACAGGACUCACUAGUCACUGUUGCCCAUGAGGAGAGGUCUGAACGACCAGAGACUGUCCCAGCAGCCCCGACACAGCCAGCACCAGACCAGACCUUACACCAGGACAUCCCCACAGCAGUGGCUAGGGCUACACCCAGCCCUCUGGAUGCCUCAGAGAAAACCCAGCUCAACAUGGAUGAAGAAGAGGACGAGGAGAGGGAGGGCAGCCAGCAGGUGUCUGUGUCAGAAAUGAGCGGCUCCCAGCCCACGGAAGAGUCCAGGCCUGGCUCAGCCGGCCCUGCGGGUUCAGGGUGGCGUGCAGGCGGCGCCCUGCUAUCGGAGCUGGACUCUGAGGUGAGCUGCAGCCAGCAGGGGGCGUCGGAGCUGAGCGCCCCGGGCGUCCUGGAGGGCACAGAGAGCAUGGAUGAUCUAGGAGACGCCAGUCUGAAGGGUGCCAUCGACAUGGAGGGCAUGUCUGCCUCGGCCGGCUCGCCUGACUUCGAGAAGGUGCCCGACAUCCCGACCAAUGAUUUUGAUGACUACGAUGAAGACGGAGACCGGGUGUGCGACAUGGAGGUGGGUUCUGAACGGGCGGAUGACCCGAGACGAGUGAGGCGCGACGAGGAUGAGGAUGAUGAUGUGGAGAUGGCCAGUGAGGGGGUGACUGAGAGCGGGCUGGAGAGCUACGGGAAUGCAGACGAGGAUGACUUUGCGGAGGAUGAGAGACUGGACAACCUGAACCAAGCCCUGCCUGCCCCGCUGCUGCCUUCUGCCCAGUGGGACCAACCCAACCCCAACUCCUUUUGUGACCCCUGGGCCCAGCCGCACCUCCAGGCUGCCUCAGCUGCCCCCCUGCAGACCCCUACCAGCCCCUCAGACCCCUGGCAGGCUGAUAUGGAGCCACCCACCCGGCACUCCGCUCAGCCCUGGCUGCAACUGGCUGCCACACCAUUUGUUCCAGCUCUACAUGAGCCCUCGCACCAGCCUGCCCCUGCAUCUCCACUUGAGAUAGAGACCCUAGCCCCAUUGCACUCCCUGUCCCCCAUAGCUGCCUCCGGCCACGGCAUGUCACACUCCAGCACCCUAAGCCCUACGGAGCUGGCUGUCCGCAGCAGCGAGACCAGCACACCAGAGGAGCUCUGUGACUACAACAGCAGCUCCGGGGUGGAGUCCCGCUCUGAGGGGGGGAAGCUCCACACCCUGCCUGCCGCCCUGGCCCCCGUGCUCUCCCUCCAGCCUGAAUUUGAGGACCUGGGCAUCCACCUGGAGAGAGAGGAGAGAGAGGGGGAGGUGGGAGAGACCCUGCCAGCCAACGAGGUCCUAUGGGACCCCGCCACAGCACCCACGUCCAACCCCUCGUCGUCCUCCACCACGGAGGAUGAGGCCAGCGACACAGAGGGCGAGGCCCAGCUGGACGAGCUGGGCCAGUGCAUCCACACUGCCACCUUUGACAGCAAGCCCGGCGCUCAGCGCUGCCUGUCUGCCCUGGAGGAAGGGGAGGAGACCAGUGGAGGCGCAGAAGAGGGCGGAGACACCCCCCAGUCUGCCAACUCGGCGGCAUCCUACGCCUAUGACAUGACGGCGUCCAACACCAACUCCAAUAACCACUCCACGGCUGAGAGCUGUGCUGAGAGCUGCGCCAAGAGCCCUGGCAUCUUCUCCCUGGAGGAGCUGCCUGAGGAGGCCAAGGACCCGUCACUCAUCCAGGAGCUGACCAUGCCGCCGCCCCAGCAACAGGCUGCCUCGGCAGACUCCCUUCUAGUCUCCAACCCAGAGGAGCAGCAGUACAUGUUGUGUGGGACGCUUGAGACAGAGCUAGGGGACACGGGGGAUCUGAAACCCCUGGACCCCGCGCUGUUCGUGGCCCCCCAGCAGCCCGGGGAGGGCCCCCGUGUCACCCAACCGCCCUACUACUCCACUGUCUGUGAAAACACUGAGAACUCUCUCACAGGGCUCAACGUGCUCCCCCAGCCACACUACCGCCGCGACCACCACCCCAACCCCCACUGUGACAUCUUGACCCCACCCAGGCUGACCUGUGCUGACCUGCCCCCCCGGAGCCCUCGCCUGCAGGCCAGCCCCCAGCUCCGCAGACUGGAACGGCACCAGCAACAACUACUAGAACUGCAGCAACGCAGAGAACAGCAGGGAAAACCCAAAGAAGAAAAGGACGACGAGGCGAGGAAGAAGACGGAGAAGAAGAAAAAGGAGGCGGAGCAGCAGGAGGAGGAGAAGCUGAGGAGGGAGGAGCUGAAGCAGAGGCAGCAGAUCAUGCGGUGGCAGCAGGAGCUGGAGGAGCAGGCGCAGCAGGAGCUGGAGGAGCAGGCACAGCAGACGUCACCGCAACAACAGCCCCAAAAAGGUCAAGCAACAGUGCUGCUUUCGCCUUCUUCUGGUCUCCAUACCAUUUAUGAAGCCCUGGAGAGUGACGAAGAGGGGAAGGAAAUUGAGGUUAAUGUCCAGCUCGAACAACGCGAAGAAGCCCCGCUGGAGAAAGAGGUUGACAGUAACAGUGACCGUCGAGAGGUAUUGGAUGAGGACGGAGCUGAUAGCAACUCCACCUCCACUCUCAGUCCCUCUCCAGACUCCCCCGAGCAGGAAGAGUCCCGGGACGCCUCCCCAGAAUGCCCCCCUCCCCUGGACCUGGACUGGGGGAAGAAAGUUGACAUUGUCCAGCAGCUGAUCAACCAGACCUUGCUGCUGACGGGCGACGGCUGCUCCUCCCUGCUCCUGCUGCCCGGAGGCACCUUGAGCCCCCUGGAGGCCAGCCUGUGGCCCAACCUGCUGCCCCCCCUUACCCCUCCCUCAGCCACGGUCACGUCGGUCAGCAGCUUCUCCCCGGAGGCCCCCGGCCAGUCCCCCCAGGGUGAGUGGACAGUGGUGGAGCUGGAGACACACCACUGAGGGAUGUAGAGUGUGUGUGUGUGUGUGCACACAGUGAAGACUCGCCACAAAUGGUCGCACACACUGCUCCACAAUAUUAUUCAAGGUCUGUCAGUCACAUCACUGCUGUACACAACACUACUUUGACUCUUACACUGUAACACCACCACUUUUACCUCUCCUUACCAUUCAACAGCACUGAAAAUACAACACUACUGUUUGAUACACUGAACUUACACCUCUGUAUUUUCAAACAUGAUACCUUUUGAAUGGGUGGCAAAGGACACUGACACCACGGUCAUAUCAAUCACAGACUGAAUCACACUGGAAUUUUACACCUCUCUCUCAUGCCAAAACUAUGUUAGGUUACACACCAGCAGUCCCAGAGAGCUACUACCUUGAUUAGACUGGUUCACUGAGGCUUCUCGGACAGCUAUUUGGGUAGAAUAGUGACAACUUGUUAGCCAUUGUCCAUUUUACUGAAGCUAAAACUACUGGAUUUUAACAUUUAUUUAACCUUUUAUUCAACUAGGCGAGUCAGUUAAGAACAAAUUCUUAUUUACAAUGGUGGCCUAGGAACAGUGGGUUAACUGCCCUGUUCAGGGGCAGAACGACAGAUUUUUACCUUGUCAGCUCAGGGAUUCGAUCUUGCAACCUUUCGGUUACUAGUCCAACGCUCUAACCACUAGGCUACCUGCCGCCCCAGCUAGCCUCACACACGCAAUAUGUUUUGAUUGGGGGGGGGGUCCUAGGUGGUUCAGUUCACACUGAAGAUGUUGCACUACUGACUUGGUUUAUGAUUAUUGGUCUGAAUUACUGAUGGGGAAAAACUGCACUUGGACUAGACCAGUACCCUAUAAUGAUCACCCUGAACCUGUCACUCACUCAAUGCCUGCUUAGCUUUGUGCUUCAAAACUGCUUGAUUUACUCUAGAGCAGCAAAUCAUAGAAAUAGAAUCCCUAGAACAGUCACAGGAUCCCCCUUCCAAUUGCUGAGGGCCUUUAGCCUUUCUAGGGAUUCUAUUUCUAUGGGCCAAGUUCCUGUGUUUCUCUGACAUCAAACCAGAGGCCUUCCACCAGCUGAGGUAAAACACUGGUUGGCCGUAUCUGUUAGAGUCGAUAAAUAACCUUAUUCUAUGAUGAAUGCCACCAUUUCAGGGUGGUAUUUCACCAAGCAGGAUCUAUCUUGUGAUCCAGCUUAGUGAAAUACACCUGGGUGCUAAUGAAAUGGAUUGUUUCUGUUGCAUGCUACUGCUGACUCCGAUGAAGGCCACCGGAAAUAUCAGUUUAUUUUUUUUCAGAAGCGUUCACCUUUUUGUUCUGAAGACUUGGCCCCAUAUCCUGGGUGGUUUUCCUCAUGUUUAGUCUUGUUUCUGUGGUUACGGAUGAUGUCAUGAUGGGGGUGGGAGUGGUCAUGACAUUGAUACGAGGUAAUGGAGAAAUUAAUAGGUAAUUGAAGAGGGUCAGAGUGUAAGAAAACACAAAGACUAUUGAGUAGAUUACUCUGGGGAUAUAACCGGUUCUUAUGUGAGGCUGCUGGGUCCUAGCCUGGUCCCAGAUCUAUUGGUGCUGACCAUCUGCCCAACUCCUAUGGUAGUUUGGUGUGAUGAAGACCAUAGGCGUUGGGCACAUGGUCAGCACCAACAGAUUGCCAAGAUGACACAAACCGAUUUGGGACCAGUCAUGGGUUUUUGCGGGUUAAUAUUGGGGUUAGUCAUGAACUAUAUUUGAAGGAUGGUGGUACAGAGUUAACCUUGUGGAUGUGUAUAUGUGUGUGUCUGGGUGGAAAGGUACUGCAUGUGAAGACAACAAUUUGCAUUACCUCAGUGGAUUGUGAAUAUAGUAAAUGAGUAUGUCCAUUAAGCCUAUAAUAUGGAUUUCUAGAGCGUUUUGAAAAUGGAUUUAUUGCGCCGUGUACCUUCAGUUUGAAACCUGAUCUGACAUGAGUCAAACACUGUCUUUACUAUUAGGGUACUUGUGUUCAAAUGGGGACUUGCAUUAAGCCUCACUGAAGUUGAUUUUCGAACUGGAGUGUCAUCUAUUUAGCAGAAACAUGGAUUUUGUAAUUGUGGUUGAACUUUGAGCCCUAAGGACAGUCCACUGUGUGGGGCAACGAUCCUGGAUGGACAGAAACGGGUGGUUGUCCCAACAAUGGGUUGGGAUGAAGAGCUGUAAACGCUGAGACACACCUUCAUAUACCAUGGGGUUGGACUCGACUGUUGAUACAACCACUCUGCUGUGAGGCCAGGGCUAGUAGAUACUAUAGGUAUCUGGAAAUCAAACCCUUUUCCACCAUAGGCACAGCAUGCAAGGGCCUUUUUUUUGUUUUUUUAAAUUAUUUUUUUAGAGAAAUGGUAGCUAGAUUCUCCAGUGUCUUUUUCAAGCCGUUUCCAUGUGUAGCCAAGUGGCUGCCAUUUUCUAAGGCAGUUUGGUACAUUCCGAUUUGAGGGCUCUGCCACUUCUACUCCAAAAUCCCAAAGCGACUCGCACAAGGCAUCGGUCAAAGCUGGACUUUAUCUCGUGUUUUUAAAUGUAGUGUUUUGUAUAUUGUUAGUGUAUAGUAUUACUGAAAGGGGAGGCUCAGAUCAUUUAUUGCAAUGACGUGAACCCACUGGAUUUUUAUUUUGUACUGUAGAGAAUAUUUUAAAGUACAGUAGAUGAGAGGUGACAUUAUUUAUAGAUUUAAAGCAGAUCUUGUUUUAGAAAAUGAAGGUUAAUGAUUGUAGCUGUAAUGGUUUAUUUAAAUUCCAAGAUGUGACCUUUGAACUUCUGUCAGCACUACACUUGUAGACCUUUUUUUCUUUUGUUUGUAUGUUUUGCCUGCAUUUCUUAAAGAUCUUUUCAGUAGUUAUCAGGGGAUAUGAAGUGAAUAGGUCGUGUUCAAUGCUUCCAUGAACACGCUUUGGUACAUUUUUGUAUUUUAUGUAACUGAUCAAAUGGUCUACAAACAUGCACGUCUAGCUGGUGUAGAAAUUACACUGUAGUAAAAUACAAUAUCAUGCAAGUUACAGAACUAUCACACCCAAUGGACAUGUCUGGGAAUCACUAGUACUGAAAGAUGUGGAAUCUUCCCCUCUUUUUGUAAAGUUCUGUAAUUUUAUUUUAAAAUGAAGGGAAACCCCAUUCUAAUUCAUGUCUAUUUUUGUUGAAAUGAGGUUGGCAUUUUGACAUUGUGGAGUUCAAAUUACGGCAGCUCGUUUAAAUACGUAAUUCCUUGAGGUUCUGUGACUUUGUGAAGGACUAAUGUGUUUGUCAAUAUUUCAAUGCAUUUUAUUUAGAGAAAAUAAAAUGAUUUUCUUUUGC